GCCGAGCCAUGCAGGCGCCGCAGCAGCCCCCGCCGCACGCCGCGCGCCCCCUCGUCAACCCCGACGAGUAUGGCGAGGUCGACACGUCCAGGUACCCGGAGCCGAAGGAGGCGACGCACAAGGUUCGCGGGCGCAGCGACGUGCUGGAGCUGGUGUGCGGGCCGGGCACGGUGGACCCCGAGCUGCUCACCGUCAAGACCUUCUACUUCUUCUUCUACUCGGCGUUCGGCUCGCUGUUCCCGCUGAUGGGCGUGUACUUCAAGCAGAUGGGCAUGAACGCCGGCCAGUGCGGGCUGCUGAUCGGCACGCGGCCGUUCGUGGAGUUCCUGUCUGCGCCGUUCUGGGGCGGGCUGGCGGACCGCUGGCGCAAGGGGCGGCCACUGCUGUUGGCGUCGUUGGGCGCGUGGAUCGUGUUCACGCUGCCGCUGAGCUGGGUGCAGCCGACGGCGGUGUCGUGCGUGGCGCCGGUGAACGGCACGUCGUACCGGCUGGAGUCGCCACGCUACGAUGAGGAGCCGCUGCCGGGCGCGACGCGUUCGUUCCGCGUGCCGGUGGCGCGCGCCGGCUCGCCGCUGCCGGUCUCCGACGCGCUCAACUACGACGCCGACGCCAACUCGGACUGGGUGACGCCGCUGCACUCGUUCAUCGUGUACACGACGCCGGACAUCCAGAAGACGUUCUUCCUGCUGCUACUGUUGGUGGUCAUCGGCGAGUUCUUCAGCGCGCCCGCCAUCACGCUCGCCGACUCCGCCGUCAUCACACUGCUGGGGGAGGACGCGGACAGGUACGGCCACCAGCGCAUGUUCGGGUCGCUGGGCUGGGGGCUGGCGAUGUUCUUCGUGGGCAUCGCGCUGGACCACAGCACGGCGUUCAGCACGCACCCGUGCGGCGGCCCGCAGCGCUACGAGAAGAACUACACCAUCUGCUUCGCCACCUUCUCCGUGCUCAUGGGCGCCGCGCUCAUUACCGCCACGCAGAUCAAGUUCAAGUACGAGGAGGUGGGGGAGGAGGUGGCGGUGGUGACGGCGCCAGCGGAGCCCACGCAGGAGGAGCGCCUGCAGCAGCAGCUCGCCGAGCAGCUGCAGCUGCCGGGCCUCGACACCGGCGCGCCGCCGCCGCCCAAGCCCGCGCUCGAGCACGCCAAGGUGUUCGCGCAGACGACGCGCGAGAUGCCGGAGUGGGUGACGGUGCUGCGGCAGUUCCAGAACGUGAAGGCGGCGUCGUUCCUGCUGGUGGCGUGGUGGAUGGGCUUCGGCAUCGGCCUCAUAUUCACCUUCCUCUUCUGGCAUCUGCAGGACAUCGGCGGGUCGCCGACGCUGUUCGGCGUGGCGUCAGUCAUCAACCACAUCUCCGAGAUCUUCGCCUACUUCUUCAGCUUUAAGCUCAUCACGCAGAUGGGCCACGUCAAGGUGCUGUGCCUUGGUCUGGCGGGCAACGUGGUGCGGUUCCUAUACAUCUCGUGGCUGACGCGGCCGUGGUGGGUGCUGCCGUUCGAGUUCGUGCAGGGCGUGACACACGCCGCCGUGUGGGCCGCCUGCUGCUCCUACAUCGCCCACGGCGCGCCGCCCAACCUGCGCUCCUCCGCGCAGGGAGUACUGCAAGGUCUGCACCACGGGCUGGGUCGCGGGUGCGGCGCGGUGCUGGGCGGCAUGGCGGUGGCGCGCUGGGGCACGACGCGCACGUUCGCGGGCUACGGGCUGCUGUGCGGGGUGGCGCUGGCCGCCUUCGCCUUCGUCAAUUUCCGCGACGCAGGCGAGGAGCCGCCGCCGCCGGCCGUGGCGGACCCCGGCGUGCUGGCGCCGCACGGCGUGCCCGCCUGCCCCAUCCCCCGCGCGCUCUCCUCCACGCGCCUCUCCGACCUGCAGCACGACAACUACGGCGCCACGCAGAACUACAGCGGCGCGGAGACCCUGGGCGUGCCGGGCGCCGCGCCGGUCGCCGCGCCGGCCGUCUCCCCCGGCAACCCGUUCGUGUCGGGGGCCUCGCCCGCCGCCGGCCCCGCCUACAGAUAGGCGCCCCCAGUAUUACCCGGGAAGCCGUGUCCGUCGUAACUCGUAACUCCCCACGACCCGGACCUCGCCCUGCUGCUCGUGAGCGGGGCCUCGCCGGUACUCGAGAGCGCGGCCCGACCGCGCGCGUCCGGCGUCGUGCUGUCUAUGUUGCCGAACGCCGGUCUACUUACGUUUAAGCGCAAUUUUCGUUGAAGACAUCCGUUAUGCUGCAUGCGUGUUCCGGGGCACGGAUAAAAUAAUUUCGUUACGUUUGUUGAAUAUUUUAAUGACUAUCGAUCUAGACGUAGGUAAAGUAUUAUAACUGUAUGUAUUUUGUAACGUACGUGUCGUCCCGCCCCGGGGCUCGCGGCGCCACUCGGCCGCGGGCCGCGGGGCCGUCGUCCGGGGGCGGCCGGGGGGUGGGGCGCGGGGAGGGGGAGGCGAGGCCGCGCCGCCGGCCGCGGGAUCGUCGAAGCACAAAGUACCGCCGCGCCGUCCGCCGGACGACCCCGCUUUUGUAAUAUUCGUUAGGGCCGCGCGCCGCGCGGGUGCGCGGUCCCGCGUGCGAAGUGAACUACAGUGUCAUAUCAUGGUGUGAUGAGCUAGAUGUAGGCGGUAUCUCUAUUUUGUCGAUGACGCGGUGGCCGCGUACCGGUCGCGCGUGUACUCCGUGCGUUUACAUUUGUUGGAAAGAUAUUCAUAUACAUGUUUAGGGCCGCGGCGCCGCCGCACCACUCUUUAUAUAUUUUUGCACUGCGCGAGGCGCGGCUUGCGAUACUUCGACUUCGAAUAUUAUUAUACCGAAUAUAAAUGUUGAUCUAUUCUA